AUGGUUCGUCCAAGGCCUGUCGUUCAAGACCUUCUUGCCGAUCUUCCAACUGACGCCGAAGCCGUACCAACGCAAUCAAUGCUCCCACCCAAACCAAAGAGAGUUAAAAAGGCUCUGCCUAAGGCCAAGGCUACAGAUGCCGAAGCUGAGGAUGCUGUGCCUAUUUCAAAGCUGGCAGAAAGCAAAAAAUCAACCUCUGUUUCCACCAAGAGGUCAGCUGAGGGUCAACCCUCAGGGUCUACUCAAUCAAAGAGGCCAAGGUCAUCGUCUGCGACGACCUCGGCUUCAAAGAAGCCCGACGUCCCCUGGGCCCCUGAUCUAUCCCUGGAGGAUAGGCCCAUUAUGGCUAGUGAAAGUGCCGACGAUAUUAACCUUGAUCUCCCUGUUGACUCGCCCCUUCGGAAUGCUGAUGCCAUCCCUUUGCCAUUUCCUCCACCUCCACCUGAAGGUGAAUCAGAAUCUGAUGCUGACGCCGAGGAUGAAGAUAAGGAAACCAAUGAAAAAGCCUUGGGUGAUGAGGCCAAGGAGACAACUAGGGAAACUGCUACUGGGCAGCUAUCGUCCAAUCUUCUCUUGAUAGAAAGAAGUGUUGAGGAAUCAUUAGCAGAGAUUGAUGCCGAGAUACAAGCGGAAAAAGUGGCCGACGAGGUUCCACCAGAAUCGUCCGAGGUCCUAGUCCCUGCAGUGGCUAACAGCGAAGAAUCUUGA